AUGAAUGAUCUUUCUUUGGAUCCAUCUGUUAGGGUUAUGAAGCCCGACAAAGGCGGUGGCAUCGUACUUUUUGAUGCCACCGCAUAUAGUGCCUCAAUAUACAACAUUCUUCAUGAGUCUGGCAAUUAUGAAAUUUCUUCUCUCAAUGAGCUUAAUAUUGCCUAUAGGAAAAUCGAGAUGUGCUUAGAGGAAUACCUACUACAUCAUAGAAUUACUAGAGAUCUUUUUGAUUUUAUGAAGGUGGACAACCCUGUUUUAGCCACAAUAGUAGGCAUUCCCAAAGUUCAUAAAGACCACUUGAAUCCCCCACUACGCCCUAUAAUAUCGGGCAGCAAAUCUAAAACGUUUCCUUUAGGUGUGGUAAUAGAUCAUACUCUGAAAUUCAUUUACAAUAAGUUGAGUCAUAUGGUUAAAGAUUCAUGGGAAUUUCUUCGUAAUUUCCCGGUGAAUAUUCAGCAGGACCAGCUAAUAUUUUGUUCUAUUGACGUGGUAGAUUUGUUCAGCUGCAUUCCUUGGGAAGAAGGACUAGAAGCUUUUUCUAGCAGUCUGAGAAAAUAUUCAGAGUUGAGUUGGGACAAGAUUUCCUUACUGGUAGACCUCAUGAGUAUAGUUAUAGAGAACAACUUCAUAUUUUUUGAGGGGGAAAUCUUCAAGCAAGCCAGAGGUGUAGCCAUGGGAGCAGCUUGUGCUCCCAUGUUUGCUAAUCUGGUAAUGCUUGAUUGGGAGGAGAAAUGUGUGUUUAACAGUACUUUUUAUCAUCAUAUUGCCUACUAUUCCCGUUACCUGGAUGAUAUUUACAUCCUGUGGAAAGGAAGUACAGAAUUGUUUGAUUCUUUUAUGUCACAUCUAAAUGAUAGUAGCAACUAUUUGAAGUUUACUGCUACAAAAAACAACACAGGGUGGCAUAUCUUGAUACGUAUAUCCUUGGAAAAUGUUGACAAUGAAGAUGCGACAGUCAAUCGAAUUGCGUUGUGGAUGUGCACCUUUACACUGGCAGUGUCUGUGGGAGCUGUCCUGCUGCUCCCAUUUUCAAUUGUCAGCAAUGAGAUCUUGCUGUCCGUGCCACAGAACUACUACAUCCAGUGGCUGAACUGUUCUCUCAUUCAUGGAAUGUGGAACCUUGUUUUCCUGUGUUCAAAUGUCUCUUUGGUGUUUCUGAUGCCAUUUGCAUAUUUCUUCACGGAAUCGGAGGGGUUUGCGGGAUCAAGAAAAGGAAUCAUGGCUCGAGUGUAUGAGACUUUUGUGAUGCUUCUACUGCUAACACUUUUAGUUCUGGGCAUCGUCUGGGUGGCUUCUGCAAUUAUUGACAGUACAGCUAGCAAGGAAUCUCUGUAUGAUCUCUGGGAAUUUUAUCUGCCUUAUUUGUACUCGUGUAUUUCUCUCUUCGGAGUUUUGCUGCUAUUGUUGUGUACACCAUUUGGUCUGUCUCGGAUGUUCACUGUUACAGGGAAGCUGCUUGUUAAGCCCAGGCUUUUGGAAAACCUAGAGGAACAGUUGAACUGCACACACUUUGAAGAGGCAGCAUUAUGCAGAAAAUUAAAUGGUCAUACCUCAUGUUGGUUAAACUUCAGCUUGGAAACACUGAAGAGACGUUUUCUUGCCAUACAGGCCAGGAGAAUUGCACUUGAAAUGCGACAGAGAGCAUCCCCCUUGCAGCGGAAUCUAGGAUAUCCACUGGCCAUGCUACUUCUUUUGAUACUUACGGGUAUUUCAGUCUUAGUCGUUUGCUUCCAUGUUCUGGAACUGCUUAUUGAUGAAGCUGCAAUGCCAAAGCUUAGAAGGGAUCCCAUUUUGGGGAAAACCUCAUUUUCCAAGCUUGGUUCCCUCGGUGCCGUAAUGCAGAUUGUGCUCAUCUUCUACCUGAUGGUGUCAUCUGUUGUUGGAUUCUACAGCUCCCCUUUCUUCGUCAAACUUCUGCCAAAGAAACGGAACACAACUAUGACAAAGAUUAUUGGGAACUGUGUCUCUCUAUUGGUCUUGAGUUCUGCACUGCCAGUCUUCUCACGAACACUUGGAAUUACAAGUUUUGACCUUUUGGGGGACUUUGGACGCUUUAACUGGCUUGGAAAUUUCUAUAUUGUCUUCCUAUACAACAUGCUGUUUGCCAUCCUCACGACACUGUGCCUAGUGAAGAAAUUCACCAGAGCUGUCCAGGCAGAGCUUAUCCGAGCUUUUGGUUUGGAUAAGUUGCCACUACCUGUGUCCCGUGUCAGUUGUUCCAUUAAGUUAAAUCCAGCCAACGGCAAGCUCCAGUGAUGUUAACGCACACAGCAUCAGUCCAUGUUGUUCCUAAUGUAAGAAGAGAACUCUUCAAUUGAAAAGAGCUUUGUUUUGAUGGGACAAUCUCAGAACAGCUCGAGUUCAACCAUAAAUUACAAUAAUUCCCUUUUCCUUAAUUCAAGGCUGCAUGAGGAACAGGUAUUCUCAAUGGGAUUUACCCAUCACAGAGACACUUUACCUAAGAUGCAACAAACACCGAAGUUAUAUUAACUCUGAUAGCAGAUUUAGUUGUGCCUAUCUCAGUGGAUCAACAACUAGAAGCUGAAAUUUGAAAUCACUCAGGUGAGCUGUGAAAUUAGCCAGAAUUUGCAGAGCACAAUCUAAAAUAUUGAUCCUGAGGAAAGCUGGUAUUUUUAGGCACGCCAUUACAGAUGGAGAAACAACUGUGUACGAGCAAAAUAAGGACUGUGGACCUGUGUUAACUUGGUGCUGUCGGUGCAGCAUAGCAUGAAGUUCAUCUCACAGAAUGUUUGUUUAUUUUAACAUGUGAUCUAGAGACAUGUUGGCUGUUUUUGUUUCUGUUUUAAGAUCAAUCUUUAAAGCCAUGUUGAGUACUAAAUGCUUACUGCAGCUCACAAGGUGCAAGAGAUGCACAGUAAGUCUUAAUUCAUGUAGUUUAUUUCCCACUUCUAAACACAUUUAUAACUCAUUUUGCAUGCAGUUUCCUUUGUUUUACACUAGUGUCACUUUUUCAAGGGUGGACAUGACCUUCCACAUAUAUCAGAGUUUUAAAUGUAUUUUGGUAUUGCAGUCCAGCUUAUAAAAUUACAAUGUUUGCAAAAUGUCUUAAGCUGACUGACUUUUUCUAUGGUGCGUUUAAAAAAUGCUAUUCUCCUAUUCUAAGAAAUGUAUUAAAGCAUAUUGUUGCUUUAACUGGUGAAAAGGAGCUCCCCUGGAAAACUUUAUUAAGUGUGUAUUAUUACAUUUCUAAAAGUAGAUGCUGCACUGUGAGCAUAAACAGCAUAAAUUGAAACCCUGCUUCAAUUUUGUUCUUCUGUUAUCACACAGAUUGGACAUUUAAGUAUUCUGUAGGGCCAUUUACCUAGGCAAGCUAAUUGUGGUUUGCUGUGUUGGGGCAUGGUCUUUCCCAAGUCAGGUAAACUGAUCAGGACAAAAUACUUAAUGUCCCUUCUAUUACACUGAACCACUAAAGCCUUCAACAAAGCAACAUGUGAGCUGCACUGAGUGAGCUUGUGCAAUGGCUAUGCAAACUCUCUCAAUGUUUACAUUUUAUGUGCAAUACUAAGUGAAGAAAUAGACCGAAAUGUUAAUGUAAAUGUGUGUGUUCAUGUGCAGAUGUGAUUGUGUAGCUGUUUUAUUUUUCUGUGUGGUCUGUUAAUCAUUUUGCACAUGUCAGGUUUGAUGUGCAAUGCAGAUGGUUGAAACUGGUUCUGUUGUAUAUUACCAUGACAUGUAUGUGUGAUGUAAGGCUGUGUUAAUUAGCCACCACAGAAGUACACUGUGUUAAUUGUAAAUCAGCAUUGCACUGUUUUUUGUUUAAUUGUGAAAAUGUGUUCUGUCAUACUGUUGAAAAUCACAAGUAUUCAUGUCCUCUGUCACUAUUCUCUUCCAUCUCUUUGGAAAUAUUUCUGGCCCUGUUGUUGAAAUGAUAAAUAUUUGUUUUAAUCUUGAAA